AUGGAGCGCGGCCCGCGGCCGGCGCGGCCCAUUCUGUCGCGGGAGCCGUCGCGCCGGCAGCAGCGCAGCCGCAAGGUGCCCGAGCCGCUGCGCCGCGCGAUCGCGGAGUGCACGCAGCCGCAUGCGGCGCCGCUGGAGACGGCGGCUUGCCACCCCGUCCGCACGCUAGAGGUGAGGCGCGCGCGCGGAGGAGGCGGGCUGGGAGGGGGGAACGGGGGGAAGGGGGGGAGUGGGGAAGGGUUAAGGCGGGACUACCUGGGCGAUGCAGCAACAGUGGACAUGGCGUACAACGCACUGCUGGACCACGCCAUGGUCGAGAAGGGCCGCAGUCCCCAUGUGAUCAUGAAGGUCGUGGCGCUGCUCAAGAAGUACCUCUUCCGCUACGGCCCAGCGAUAUCAACGCUGGAGCACAUAGACGGCUUCUGUGCGGACGUCAUAGCGGAGCUCAAGGCAGCGCAGGCCGCCCGCCACCGCCUCGGCAACGCCGCCGCCGCUGCCGCCGGCGCCGACGGCCCCACCGCCGAGUCCGGCCCGGCUCUCAUCAAAUCCCUCCUCUACGUCCGCGCCGUAGUUGCCCGGAACCUUCCCGCGCACCUCAUGCGCUCGGCGCGGGCGGCGGAUGGGGGGAUGACAGCAGGAGGAGCCGGGGGAGGGGGGCUGGGGGUGGGGGGAGCGGCGGGGGUGGGGGGACCGAGGACGCCGUCGCGAGUGGCGCCGCUGGCGGUGGAUGGGGGGGGCGCGGUGGGCGUGGGGGGGGGGGCGAGCGCGGCGCUGAAGCGGGCGAGUGCGGCGGAUAGGGAGGCGGCGCAGGCGACGGCGAUGGCGAUGGCGAGGCUGAUUCCCGGGCAGGAGGGGGGCGUGGCGGCGGGGCAGUACGCGCCCAUGGACAUGCUGAGAGUGCGGUGGAUCAGCCGCAGCAGGGGAUGGGCUCCCUCGGCAAUCGCCAGCUAUGUUGCGUACCCCCCCCCGCGAGCCCCAUCAGACCUACCCCACCUGGAGCCCCUGCGCACAGUAGCGGACGGCAGUGCAGCGGCGGUGCUGCUGGGCGUGCAUGUGGUGCAGCUGGAGGCGGAGGGCAGCCCCGACCUGCUGCACUUCGACACCGUCACUGGCACCGUUGACCCGGUGCUCGUGCGCAACCACAUCCGCCAUAUCACCAUCACCAAGCGCCUCAAGGCCGACCCCACGGGUGCGGCAGGAGACGGGCUGCAGAGUUCCAUGAAGCGCCGCCGCCCGCUCUUCCAAUACCGCUACUACAGCGAGCAGCAGCCGCUGCGGCUGAGCGAGGGCGAGAUGGAGGAGGUGAUGGCAGCCGUGUGCUCCGUGGCGGCCACCGCAGCAGCAGGGGGCGCAGGGGGCGCGGGCGCACACGGAUCCGCGCGCCUCUCGUCCCCCGCGCACCACAUGGUGCCGCAGGUGGACGCUGCUGAUGUUGCCGCGUCCGUGCUCAUCAAGAUGCUCAUUGACAUGUACCUUGUGGACCCUCGCUCUGCAGCGCCCCUCGCGCUCUCCAUGAUGCAUACGCUCCUCUCCUCCAACAAACCCACAGUGCGCAUGCGGGCGUUCGACCUGAUGCUGAACCUGGGAGUGCACGCGCACCUGCUGCACCCCCUGCCCGUGGAGGACGAGGCGGGGCAGCCCUACUCCUCCGACGCCGAUGCCGCCGAGGCGGAGCGUGGGGCCGUGCGCAGGGCGGCCGCCGUGACCAUGUUUGAGGAGUGGCUGCUGGGGCUGCUGUGCGACAUGGCGCUCUACCUUGUGCAGGUGGAGGAGAGCGAUGAGAGUGUGUGGGCAGCGGCGCUCAGCUGUCUGCUCUACCUCACGUGCGACCGCGGCAGGACGGUUUUCCACCGCCUCGCGCUGCUGGAUGUCCGGGUGCUAGCAUUGCUAUUGGAGAUCAGCAUAGUGCACGGGUGGGCGCAGGCAGUGCACACGCACCUCGUGCGCAUGCUCGCCUGCCUGCUCUACGCAGCACCGCACCACACCGCACAGCACCCACCAGGGCGCGCGUUUGAGGCGGCGAGGGACGGCCUGCGCCUGGACGUGAAGCAGCUGGAGCGCGUGGGGGGCAUCUCCUUCAUCUGCUGCCACUACGCGGCAUCGCAGGAGGUGGAGGCGAGGCGCAACCUGUUUGCCGUGGUGAUGGACUAUGUGGCGCUGCUGUGCCGCCUGCACCCGCACCCGCACCACCCCAACCACCCUCCGCCCUCCGAGGUGGAGCUAGCAGCGGUGGUGGCGGCGCUGGUGGCAGCGGGGGCGCCAGAGGCGCUGGCGGUGGCGCUCAAGGCGCCGUCGCCCCCAGCAGGCCCCAUCGGCGCUGCUCUCGCGCGCACCAUCGCUGCCUCCCUCCCCCCCGACCCCUCCGCUGCCGGCUUCUCCCUGCAGGUGCGCAUAAGGGGGCGCAGGGAAGAGGGGGGGUCCACAGAGGGGCGCAGGGGGCGCAGGGGGGCACAGCGGGGCGCAGGGGGGUGCAGGAGGGCGCAGGAGGGCGUAGGGGAGGGCAGGGGGACAAGGGGCAGACAUUGGGGUGGUCGGGCUGGGGAAGGGGAAGACGUUGGGGGUCGCACGUGGGGAGGUGGUGGAGGGUGCGGUGUGACGGACACACUGGACGACCUGAUAUCAGCGCACCUGCGCCUGCCCCCGGAGUUCACAGCCAUGCUGCAAUGCACCCUCGCCAGCGACGGCCCUCCUCCCGACCCCGCCCCUUCCACCAACACCCGCGACAGCGCUGGCACCAGCAGCAACGGUGGCGCUGGUGGUGGUGGUGCGGACGAGGCGGAGGUAGGGAAAGAGAGGCGCGCGUGGGGCACGCUGCGUGCGCUGCUGCACUCGCAGCGGGCAGUGGACCGGCGCAAUGGGCUCACAUGGCUGCUGCACCUGCUGCUGCAGCAGCUGCCCAACCUCGCACCCUACCAGCAGCCCCUGCUCGCGGACCCACAGGACGGACAGCAGCAGCAGCAGCAGAGGGGCCGGGGCGGGCAGCUUAUGGUUUUAUACCGGCAGUUGGCGCAGCUGGAGCAAGGGGAGGCGGGGGAGGAGGGGGGGGGCGGGGGGGGCAUGGGGAUGGGCAUGGGGGGAGGGGCAGGCGGUGGGGGGGGAGGCGGGGGAGGGCGGAGGGCAGGCGUAUCAGGCGCGGUGCAGCUGAUGCUGGAGCUAGUGCGAUCAGACAACACAGCCGUGAGGAGAGGAUUCGUGACAGUGCUGGAGCAGCUGCUGCUGCUGCACGCCGCGGAAACCGAGCAGGAGUCGAGAGAAAGCCGCGGCGCGGCACACGCCGCUGCAGCAGCGGCAGCAGAAGCUCCCGAGGGGCCCAUGGGGAUGGAGGAGCGGCGGGCAGCAGACGAAGCCGCGGCAGCAGCAUCAGCAGUGCAGCACCAAGGCGCACAGGACUUACUAGCCGUAAUGAGCAGUGCGCUGUGGCAAGUCAUGUCGUGCAACGACAGCGACCGAGUGAACAUCCUCCAGAUGUGCUCCGUCAUGCUCUGGCAGCUCUGUGUCCCCAGGUUCCUCCCCACCGCGCAAGUCGUUGAGCCCGGCAGCCCGGUCCCCAGCCCUGGAGGUAGCAGUUGGCUGGUGAACCCGCGAGUGGCAGCAGUAGCGGGAGGAGAAGGCGGGGUUGCAAUGAGCCCCCCGUAUGCAGCAGAGGAGAGUGAAUCCAUGGCACGGCUGUUCCUGCUGCGCAGGGCAGCAGCGGCGAGGGAGCUGCUAGCAGCGCUGCCGACGGCGCUGCUGUACUGGCCGCUGAUGCAGCUGGCGCCGAGCGCGGGGGAUCCGAUAGCGCUGGCGACGGCGGUGGGGAGUCACGGGAUUGUGGGUGCGGGGGGGGCGGUGGACGUGCGUGUGGCGCUGCUGCUGUUGCUCAUUGGCAAGUGCAGUGAUAGCAGUGAGGCGCUGGAGGAGGUUGGAGGGGAUGCCUUCUUCCGGUCGCUGCUCGAUGAUCCCGAUGCCCGCAUUGCCUAUUGGAGUGCUGCCUUCCUCGUCAAGCGUAUGAUGUCACAGCAACCUGAUGUGUACCGCCGUGCGCUGCACCGCCUUAUUUUCACAGCGCAGCAGACGAACAACGAGAAGCUGCUGGAGAAUCCGUACCUGCAGAUGCGAGGCAUCUUGCAGGACACGCCAGAUGCGCUGCACCUCACCUCCUGA